AUGUUAUCGUUGGCAGAAGGGCCUCUAGAGGUCAACGUUAACCAUCUCUUCUAUAUGGAUGACCUGAAGGUUUACUCGCCGCGUUGGGAUGAUAUUGUGAAAGCCCAAGAGGGCAUCCAACGAGUGGCUGAUGAGCUGGGAUUAAGAAUGAAUCCCAGCAAGUGCGCCGUGCAUUCUUUGCACAUGUCCCAGCCGCAAAUCAUGACAGCAGGAUUGGAGGAUAUACCAGUCCUUGGGUCGAACUCGCUCUACAAAUACUUGGGAGCGGAAGAACAGAACACUCUUGUAAGUACGGAUCACCUGUGGUCUCGAGUACGAGAAAAAACGUUGAAACAGCACGGCGGAUCAUGCUCAGCGACCUCACAGUUCGCCCAAAGGUCAACGGAUAUAAUCAAGUGGUGA